AUGAUAACCACACAUAUCCUCAGAGAUCUGAUAUGUCACACUUCUGGCUUCAUUUAUGACAGUUCAUCAACUCUACUAAAAAAGUGGUCCAAGUCAGUGGGUCGAUCAGCACACACGUUCUGCGGGAGCAUGGAAGGAUACACUCACCCAAUUCUCUUCGAGCCCGGAACCUCAUGGGGGUAUGGAGCGGGUUUGGACUGGGCCGGUCGCCUAAUCGAAAAUGUCUGUAACUGCUCGCUUGAAGAAUACAUGCAGAAAAAUAUCUGGUCAAAAAUCGGAGCCACAUCAACAACCUUUCAUCCAGAGCUACGUGAAGAGACUCUUCCCCGAAGACUAGGAAUGGCCUAUCGGGUUAGUGUUGGUCAGGGCACGAAAUCCGUCAAGUCCAUUCCUGUCAUGUUGGGACAGCCGCUAAAAGACGACCUGGGAGGAAUCGGACUUUGGAGCACGCCAAAUGACUUUAUCAAACUCCUGACUGCUCUCUUGCAAGGUGGACAGCCGUUAUUGACGAAAGCUGGUGUUGAUGUCUUAUUCCGACCACAACUUAGUGAUGCCUCCCGAGCAGCAAUGCCUUUGCCUUUGGGAAGUCAAAUGCGACGUAUCCUUGGUAUAAAAUCAGUCGAUGAUAUUGACCAGGCAGAUCAUUGUUUGGCUGGAACAAUAACGCUAAAAGAUAUCCCUGGUCGCCGGCCUCACGGUACAGUGAACUGGAGCGGACUACCAAAUCUUCACUGGUGGAUCGAUCAACAGACGGGCAUUACAGCUGCACUAUUCACUCAGCUUAUGCCACCCGGUGACGCUGCCGUGACGGGUCUGUUGAUCGAAUUAGAAAUAGCACUAUAUAGGGCUUUACGCAAAAGAGAGGAUUUUAGUCCAGUCGGGAAGUUGUAG